AUGGCUCGCGCGGCCCGGCCCACGCUACAGUUCUACUACGAUUCAUCUCUUCCUGGGGGAGCUAACAGCGUCGAAGCCCUCGCCCGCCGGACCGAGGCUGACCUGAUCUGGACGCCGGUGCUCCUGGGCGCCAUCUACCGCGAGACAGCGGCCCCCCAGGGCGCCGGCGGCUCGGCCUCGGACGUGUUCAACCCGACCAAGAAGCGGCUGACGGCGCGCGCGACCCGCCGCACCCUGCAGCGCACCGGCGUCGAGCUGAACUGGCCCUCCGUGCACCCGCGCAGUCCCGUCCUGGCCCUGCGUCUGCUCCACGCCGUCCCCACCGCGGACCGUCCGGCCCUCUCGCACGCCCUGUUCCGCGCCUACUGGGUCGACGACCGCGACAUCACGAGUAAGGAUGUGCUCUUGGACGUGGCGCGGCGGAGUGGCGCGUCGGGCCUGUCGGAGGCCGUCUUUGACGACAAGAACGCUCAGGACGCCCUCCGCGCGGCGACCGCGGAGAUCAUCGCGCGCGGUGCCCCCGGCGUGCCGGCGUUCUGGGUCGCGGGGGAGAAGUGGGUGGAUGAAAACGGCACGGCGCAGCAGGGCCGUCUGUACUGGGGCCAGGACCGCAUGCACUUCGUCGAGGCGUCCCUGCUCGCCCUGCGCCGCGGCUGUGACUACGCCCAGGUGCCCAACCUCCCGGCCCUGCAGCCCCGAUGCGCGCCCGGCCCGGCCGUCGGCCAGAAGAAGGUCGAGUUCUGGUUCGACUUCAGCAGUCCCUGGGGGUUUCUGGGGUGGACGCAGUUGGACCGGUUGAGGCGCCAGUUCGGGCCCGACGUCGAGAUUGUCAUGAAGCCCUUUCUGUUGGGCGCGCUGUUCAAAGCAGUCGGUGCCCCGAAUGUCCCCAUGGAAGCCGUGUCGCAGGCCAAACGCGACUACAUGCGCAAAGACCUGGGCGACUGGGUGCGUCACUGGAACGGCGUCAACGAGCAGCGCGGCGCACACGACAAGCCCGUGCAGUUCCGCUGGCCCAGUCGGUUCCCGCUCCGGACGCCCACGGCCCUGCGCUGUGCCAUUGUGGAUCCGUUCCUCACGCCCUUGCUCUUCCGAGCCUGCUGGGAGCGCGACGUCAACGUGUCCGACGACAAGGUGUUGGCCGAGUACCUCACGACGGCGGGCUGCGACGGGGCCGGUCUGCUCAAGAAGGCCUCGUCGCAGGCAGUCAAGGACGCCCUGCGCAACAACACCCAAGCCGCUGUCGACGCCGGGAUCUGCGGUGUGCCGUCGUACCGCGUGUUCGAGAAGACGCACGCUGGCUGGGUAAGCGAUGGUGUCGAGGGUGGCGUCAUCUGGGGCCAGGACGAGCUGGUCGUCGUCGAGGACCUGGUCGCCGGCUGGAAGCAGCAGGAGAGUUCCGUCGGAGGGUAUGAUAGGCCUGCUGCGGCCUCGCGGAUGUAA